AUGGCAGGAGAUCCAUUCUUAUCUGAUCCGUCAAAGAAGAGAAAGCGUCUGGAUAAGGUUACAAGCACAACGCGAGGCAAAAAGUCUAAAUCGUCCACUCCACAACCAUCAUCCACAACAACACAUGCUGAUGAAGAGAUAUCGAGUGCCAGUGACUCCGAAGAUGAGCAGUCUUUACAAAAUCAACGACAAGAGGAAGAACUUUCAUCGGAUGAAGAGUUUGCAGCAGAAAGUGCAGCAGAUAAACGAAGAAGGUUAGCAAAGCAGUAUCUUGAAAACUUGAAAAAUGAGGAAUUACGCGAUUCUGACGACUUUGAUGCCCAGGAUCUUGACGAUGAAAUUUUAUCAAAAAGGUUACAAGUUGAUGUAGCUGAUGCCAAGGGACAUGUAUAUAAAUUUUGGGGUGACAAAAUCUCGCAACAAUUGGAUGGAGAUGAAGUUAAAUUAGUAACGACAAGGGUUGGGUCAAAUAACGUUACUAGCAUGUGCGUGCAUUUUCCAUAUCUAUAUACGGUUUCAAAAGAUAUCGAAAUUAUCAAGUGGAAUAUAAAUCAGGGAAAGAAGCCCCAGAGGAUAAAGCACACUAAAGGUGGUUCCAAAUACUUUACCUUGAACCAAACACAGCCUGGUUUAAAUCAUCACUGGGAGCAGAUCAAUUGUAUUGCUGCAUCUCCUGACGGGAAAUAUCUUGUCACUGGAGGCUCUGAUUCUCGAUUGAUAAUUUGGUCAAGUGAAAACUUGGCGUGUUUAAAGGUGCUUCCAACGAGAUCAGCAGUAAAUUCGAUUGUUUUUAGAAGAAACACUGAUCAGUUGUUUGCUGCAUGUGCUGACUUAAGAGUAAGGACAUACUCGAUUAACCAGUUUACUCAGUUGGAGACAUUAUAUGGUCAUCAAGAUAACAUCACUGAUAUAGCCGCUUUGGCUAAAGAGACUUGUGUUUCAGUGGGAAGUAGAGAUAAAACUGCCAUGUUCUGGAAAAUACCUGAAGAGUCGAGGUUAACGUUUCGUGGGGGUGAUUCAAUAGAGAAGAAAAAGAGGAAAAAGGAUAACGAUGAAGAAACAAGUAGUGAUGAACCAUUUCACAACGAAGGAUCGAUUGAUGUGGUUUCUAUGAUUGACGAAUCUCAUUUUGUAACUGGAUCAGAUAAUGGAAAUAUUGCUCUUUGGUCAUUAGCCAAGAAGAAAGCACAGGAUACCAAAAGAUUGGCACACGGAUUGCAGCCCCAAUUUCAGCCACAACAAGCGAGUGCUGAGACUGAACUGGAAUUGGCUAGUCGACAAAUACCGGCACCACAACCAUACUGGAUUACUGCCAUACAUGCGCCAGCUUAUAGUGAUGUGUUUUUCAGUGGCUCAUUUGGUGGCACUGUAAAAAUUUGGAAACUAGAUGCGACGUUAAGAUCAUUUAGCAAAAUUGGUGAAGUGGAAAAUUUACGUGGCUUUGUUGUCAAAAUAGACAGUGUUGAAAUCCCUGAAACUAAGCAAUUGAAAGUGUUUGUCUUGGUUAGUAAGGAGCACAAGUUUGGAAGAUGGUUUGGUAAAGUACCUGGCGGAAGGAAUGCAUUAAUUAGUUUUACGUUUAAUAUAUAG